UACGGAGGAUCUGGGGUAGAAAUUAAUGAAUAUAAAUAAUUGCCUAGGCGCUGUUUCAUCUAAACUUCUUUUACUAUGAGCGGACACAAAGACCGUGUUUAUAAUCCCCAAUCACCCUCCAACUCCCAUCCAGACAUCCCGUCCCUGGAAUCCACUGACAACGCCCUCACACAACAAGACUACCACUUCGACCAACUGUCUGGGCCAAGCUUCUCUGUCCAGCCUUCCUCCUCCCAACAAGUCUUCCCCGACCAGCACCCCAGCCGUCCCAACGAAGACUCCGACUACAACUUUCUCGACAUACUUUCAGCUGACAUGGACUUCGAGCAAGCCUACAACAUGUACACCACCUUGCAGCAAAAAAACGCCAUUUCCUCCAUCGAGCAAUUGGAAAAGGUCCAGAUGUUGAACCAGCAAUACGUGUCCACCUUGGCCUCGGGUGCCAGACACCCUACCCAGCAACAACGUGCCAUGGUACCCCAAGGCUUGGGCCAAUACUCUGCCAACUCACCUUUUAACUUCAACUUGAGCUCCGAUCCAUCUCCAGCGCCUACCAGCCGUGCUGAAGACCCUAACUUCAACUACCAUCGCACCCAGAUCUUGAACGGAGGCGUGUCAAAGAACUACAUGUUCAAUGGCGAGAGCCAGCAGUCCAGCACACCCUCGAUCAAGAGCGAAUCGAUGAAAAAGCGUCGCGAGAACGAAGAGGACUUCGACCAGUUCUUCUCCAACACCGAAUCCAACGCGUUGGAGAAGUUUUUGGACAACUUGGCCAACCCAGCCGAAGAGGCAUCCCUCCACUUCUACAACCGUCCAGGAGCCGUUGGCACAGACUCUCCUGGCCAGGAAUUCAACGACUUGUUCGACUUGCACACCAUGAACCCGAUACCGAUGGGCAACAAGGGUAAAAUGGAGACAGGCUUUGGAAACAGGUUCCAAAGCUUCAACCAGUUGAACAUACAAAAGAGCAACUCCCUCCCCCUCAACAUGAGCCAGCAGGGCCUCAUGGAGCACGAGACCUUGAAGAAGGAGUUAACCGAAGCAUUUAGUCAUCCCCACAGAGACAACACCCCACCAUCCAACGGAAGUCCAAACCACAUAGCCACUCCCCUCGAUUCCAAGGACCCUAAUGGAUUCAGGUAUCAAGAAAUGAAGAGAACAACCGAGUUGAUAACACCUCCCUCCAGUGACAACAACGAGAGUAUGUUCAACUUCAAACAAGAAAAACGCAACUCGGAGUCAUUCAGUGGCGACGACGAAGCGAACGGAAUCAAGAAGCGUAGAAGAUCAUCGCUGAAGCCAUUGUUGUCGUUGGAACAGAAACGUUUAAACCAUUCCCAUUCUGAACAAAAGAGAAGACAGAUGUGUAAGCUUGCCUACGAAAGAUGUCUUCGCUUGAUCAUAGACAUCGAGGCAUUCAACAAGUUGCCAGCCACUGUCAGCGACUCUGUGCAAAGAAAGAGCAAGAGGGCUAGAGUCAACAAGGAUGGCUUGCCAAACUUGUCUAAGCACAACGCACUUAUUCGGAUCAGUAAUGAGAUCGAAUUGAUCAAGAAUAAGAACGACGCAUUGAAGGCAGCUCUCGAACAGCGGGGAAUCAAGGACCACCUCAAGUUUGCUCCUCCUGUUGCUCGUGACAUCAAUUAGGAAAUGACGGUUACAUUCAAUUCUGAUCUUAUACGCUUGUAUUAAUAUUGCUAUAUAUUUAUUUAUUGGGGCACUGCCUCCACGGUUCAAACGACGACAUGACUGACGUUAGAGUGAUUUCAUUCUCAAAAUAGGGGUUUUUUCAGUUCUUAGUGCAAUAUAUUACGAGAAACUAGAGAUUCCUCUGUAGAUGUGGGUGUUAGAAGCAUUGAAACUUUUGUAGACGUAAGGGACCACCCAAGUUGAUCUCUGGCGCCGUGGGCGGUCUAGUACCUAGAAACUGCCAAUCACAAAAAUCAGCUCACUUAUUGUAUAUCCCUCCUACAAGUAGCUCGUUCAGAAAACUAUUCUGCGUUCCUCAACAAGUCCUGGUAAUUUUUGAAACAAAAACCAUAACUAUGUGC